UUUGCUAAUGGACUACUUUUCCACUACCACAACUAACAACCCUAGCGCUAGCUCAUCAGCUGGGUUUUCUUCGGCGCCAAACGGCAGCAAAGAGAAGAAGAAGAGUGGGAAGAGAAGCAAAGGAGUGAAGCUUUCGACCGACCCACAAAGCGUGGCGGCGAGGGAAAGGCGACACCGGAUCAGUGACCGGUUCAAGAUCUUGCAGAGCUUGGUUCCCGGCGGGAGUAAGAUGGACACGGUGUCCAUGUUGGAAGAGGCCAUCCACUACGUUAAGUUUCUCAAGACUCAGAUUUGGCUUCAUCAAACCAUGAUCAACGUUGUGGAUGAUCAGGACCCUUCAUCUUCCUUCCUUGCUGCUGCUGCUGCUGAUCCUGCUAAUUCUUUUCCUCUUCCUCCCCAACAGCCCUUUUAUGCUGAUAACUGUUUAGUGGACACGUCACCGCCGGUUCCAUUGCCGAAUUCUUGCUUCCAAUCUGAAGAAACCGUGUCUUUUGACCCUUUUGUCAAAUACUAGCUUUCUGUAACUGUGUUUGAUUGUGUCGGUGUCUUGUGUUCUCUCUCUCUCUCUCUCCCUCUCUC